GUGCCAAUCGGCUUUCAAGAAGCGGAUGAUUAAUCGCAAUGCAUUAUUGAUAAUCAUAAUUAUACCCCACACAUGCGCACUGAAGGCGGCAGGGUCAAUUUCCGUAAUUUUGCAACUCCAGAAUUUGUAAUUUUUUAUUCGCUUGCUGAUGUAUCAACCACCAUGUCGCGUCGGAAGCAGGCGAAGCCGCAACACAUCAAGUCGGACCAGGAUACAGCAUUAUCCGCAGAGAAUGGAACUUCACGAGGAGGACAAGAAGAACGAGUCACUAAGAAUGGGGAUGCUCAUGUCUGUGGCCGAUGUUGUGCUGAGUUCUUUGAACUGCCCGAUUUCCUUCAUCACAAAAAAAAUUGCACUAAGAAACAAUUGGUUCUGAUUGUAAAUGAAAAUUCAACAGCUCCUUCAGAAACCUCCUCUCCACAAUCUCCUGAUAAUCCUAUUGAAGAAGUAAAUGACAAAACUGAUAACGCAAGUCAAGCGGACUGCAAUGACCUUGUAGAGCAUAAAAAAGUUGACCAGGAAGAAUCCAUGGAGGUGGACACUUCCAGCAUCACUAGCAACAGUAAUGUUAGCAGUUCUAACAGUAAUAACCAUAGUAAUACAAGCAGUAAUUAUCCCACAAUGGGUACCUCAGCUGUCACAACACCUCUACCUCAUAUAGGUGAUCUAACAGCUCUGGGAAAUUUCUCAAUGCUAAAUAGUAAUGUGAUCAUUGAAAAUCUUCGAAGUACAAAAGUGGCAGUAGCCCAGUUCUCCCAGGAAACAAGAUCUAAUGGUUCAUCAAAUAGUAAAAUUGCUGUUCCAGCACUUAUGGAACAACUACUGGCUUUGCAACAACAACAGAUCCAUCAGUUACAGCUUAUUGAACAAAUCCGUCACCAGAUAAUCUUAUUGGCUUCCCAAAAUGCAGAAGUUCCAUCAGUCAACUCUUCCCAAGGUACUUUAGGAACUGCUGUUAAUCCAUUAACUACACUUAGUUCACAUCUAUCUCAGCAACUUGCUGCUGCAGCUGGGCUAGCACAGAGCCUUGCCAGCCAAUCUGCCAGCAUAAAUGGUGGAAAGCAACUUCAUCUACCUCAGAGCAGCCCUGGAAGCACCAUAGUUCAGCCUAGCAGUAGUUCUCCAAAAGUAAAUACAUCCUCAUUGCCUAGUACUAUACAGCCCUCUGAAAGUGUGUCCACAAAUACCAUUGGUGGUUCUCAGUUAAUCAGUCCUUCAGUAUCGACAGUGUCCACACCAGCUCUUGGAAUUAGCAGUUUACUAAGUCCUGCAUCCAGUUUGUCCAGCUCACUGCUACCUCAAUCCUCCACAUCCACUUCUGUGUUUUCCAACCCUCUCUCGAGCAUUGAAACAACUUCAGGAAACCUUGGUUCAUUGACAGCUCUGGCAAAUCAGAGGAAAGGCAAGCCACCAAAUGUGGUAGUAUUUGAGACUAAAAGCAGCUCUGAUGAGGCUUUCUUUAAACACAAAUGUAGGUUCUGUGCUAAGGUGUUUGGAAGUGACAGUGCCUUGCAGAUUCAUUUGCGCUCUCAUACUGGUGAGCGACCUUAUAAAUGCAACAUUUGUGGUAACAGAUUCUCCACAAAAGGAAAUUUGAAGGUUCACUUCCAGAGGCACAGAGAGAAAUAUCCCCACAUUCAUAUGAACCCCUAUCCAGUUCCAGAACACUUAGACAAUGUUCCAACAAAUACAGGUAUUCCAUAUGGAAUGUCUGUACCACCUGAAAAACCAAUAACAAGUUGGCUGGAUAGUAAGCCUGUAUUACCUACACUGACCACAUCUGUUGGGCUGCCACUCCCAUCAACUAUAUCAGGUUUGUCUGCUAUCAUUAAAUCAGAGGAGUGUCAGCCUAUCUCAGUUAAUCAGUCUUCUUGCAGUCCUCCUGGAUCGGUUAAGAGUGAUUUGGCAGCAACAGAGCCCUCUGUGAAAAAUGCUAAUGAUUUGGAUGAAGUGGAAGAAAGUGCUUCACCUACCUCAAAUGGUAAACUAGAUGAAAACACACAAUCUAUUAAUUCUGUCACCAGCUUGGCUGUCCCUGUCAGCUCAAGUGCAUCUGAUUCAGGUCUAAGUACUACUUCUGCUUUUACAACGCCACUUAUACCACUUAUGUCAGACCAGUUUAAGUCAAAGUUUCCAUUUGGAGGUCUUUUAGAUUCUUUACAGACGUCUGAAACAUCAAAAUUGCAGCAGCUAGUAGAAAAUAUUGACAGGAAAAUGACUGACCCCAACCAGUGUGUCAUUUGCCAUCGAGUUCUUAGUUGCCAUAGUGCACUGAAGAUGCAUUAUCGUACACAUACUGGUGAGAGGCCCUUCAAAUGCAAAGUCUGUGGUCGUGCAUUCACCACCAAGGGAAACCUGAAGACCCAUUAUGGUGUUCAUCGUGCCAUGCCACCACUGAGAGUUCAACAUUCUUGUCCAAUCUGCCAGAAGAAAUUCACAAAUGCUGUUGUGUUGCAGCAGCACAUUAGAAUGCAUAUGGGAGGCCAGAUUCCUAAUACUCCUGUUGCUGACAAUUAUCCUGAAUCUAUGGAAUCUGACACGGCUUCAUUUGAAGACAAAAAUUUUGAUGAUAUAGAUGACUACUCUGAUGAGAAUAUGGAAGAUUGUCCAGAUAGUAGUGUCCCAGAUACACCCAAAUCUGCUGAGGUUUCUCAAGGCAGUUUAUCUCCGUCUCCAUUGCCAUCAGAAAUGUCCAGUAUUGCAGCUCUUGAGAAUCAAAUGAAAAUGAUUAAUGCUGGUCUUGUUGAGCAACUCCAAGCAAGCCUCAGGUCAGGUGAGAAUGGAUCAGCUGAUGGAGACCAAAUGACUAGUGACUCUUUUUCAAUAAUUGGGGAUAUAGAGAGCCAAAGUGUUGGAAGUCCUGCCAUUUCAGAAUCUACCUCUUCCAUGCAGGCUCCAUCCCCAACCAACAGCAACACAGAUAGUCGUAGGUCAAAGUCCCCAGGCUGUGAAGAGAGACAGCACAGAACUUUACUAUCAGACUUACCUAAUUCGGUGUCUCCAGCAACUACCAAUGGUGGUGCCUUGGACCUGACCUCCAGUAAUGCAGAACGAGUAAUUAAAGAUGAUACUUUAAGCUUGCUAUUUCCCAGUCGAGAUCGUGGUAAGUUGAGGAAUACAUCUUGUGAUAUCUGUGGCAAAGCAUUUGCUUGUCAGAGUGCCUUGGACAUUCAUUACAGAAGCCAUACCAAAGAGCGUCCAUAUAUUUGCACAGUAUGCAAUCGUGGUUUUUCCACUAAGGGUAAUUUGAAGCAGCACAUGUUGACACAUCAGAUGCGGGAUCUUCCAUCUCAGCUGUUCGAACCCAACAACUCUAAUGUAGGUUCUAAUCAGAGCUCUUCAAAUGUGGCUGCCAACAGUUUGACAUCCCUAAUCAAAACUGAGGUCAAUGGUUUCAUGCAUGGGUGUUCCCAGGACUGCAAAGAUCCACCUGCUAGCCUUAUUUCAUCAGGGCCUCUGUCUGCAUCUGCUAUCUCACCUGUCCUGCCAGCACAGCAAAGAAGAACUCCAAAACAGCAUUACUGCACAGCAUGUGGGAAAACAUUCUCCUCAUCCAGCGCUCUCCAAAUACACGAGAGAACACAUACAGGAGAAAAACCAUUUGCCUGUACUAUAUGUGGAAGAGCUUUUACCACCAAAGGCAAUCUGAAGGUUCAUAUGGGGACACACAUGUGGAACAGUGCCCCUGCAAGACGAGGGAGGCGCCUUUCAGUGGAUGGUCCAAUGGCAUUCCUAGGUGGCAAUCCUAUUAAAUUCACCGAAAUGCUUCAGAAGGAUUUGGCUGUUAGGGCUCGCGAUGGAGACCCUUCUUCAUUUUGGAACCAGUAUGCAGCAGCAUUAACAAAUGGCUUAGCAAUGAAGACCAAUGAGAUUUCAGUGAUUCAGAAUGGUGGACUUCCCCCAAACCCUGCUAGUCUGGGCAAUGGUGGCAGUUCACCCAUCAGUGGUUUAACAGGAAACAUGGAGAAGCUUCAUAGUACUGAUCCCAGUGCACCUCUAGCUGGUCUGGAGAAAAUAUCAGCCACUGAAAAUGGAACAAACCACAGAUUCACCCAUUUGGUGGAAGACAACAAAGAAAUAGUAUCAAGCUAAAGUGAUAGUCAACAUUCCAACAAUGGAAGUAAUCUGGGGCGUCUUUCAGGCCAAUGGACCAAAGUGUUGUGAGAACACCUUUUGUACAAUGCCUAACUUUUAGUGUUGUAUGAAAAAAAACUUAUUUAUUAGUGAUAAUAACUUUGCUUUGCAAACAAAUUGCAAAUGUAAACUACUGGUCUUCAGCAUCUUGGCCUAUAUACUAAUGGACUAGAGUGCUUUAAACAUGUAAGUUUCCUAGCAUUUGCAGAUCUAUUCUGUUAGGUGAAUUUUUGCCCUUGCAUUAACUUAUUUUAUGAUUUGUGAGUAAUCUAGUUUUAACAUGACUGGCAUUGGUGGCAAUGCCUCAAAAGACCAUUCCUCACUAAGAAAGGUCUGUAUAUAUAAUGUAAAGUUUUGGUAGUCUGCUGGAGUAUUCACAAUCAGUUCAUUGUUCAGUCAUACCUUCCAUUAACAAGAUAACUGUAAAUUGCAGACUUCAAACUGAAUGUUGAUGCCGUCACUCUGUAAGCAGUUUACUCUUUACUGUUUUUAACAUCAAGUGAAAUUGCAAGUUUUUUUUGUAGGUUAUAUAAUUUCUGUUCAAAAUGGUUCUUUGUAUUGUGCUUUUCACUUACACCAUCUUAAAUGUUGAUGAGUUUCAGUGAAGUAACAAGCACGAUGGUCAUAGAAGGAAACUCCUGUUAUUGUACCUUUAAAUACAAUAAAGAUUUCUGCCCCAUAGGUAUAUUUAGUAUAGAAGAAAAAUGUGCUGGACUUUCACAUUGCUGCUACGUAAAUGCAUCUUUUGAACAACUUUGAAGGGAGUAAUAUGAAGCUAUUAUAGAUUAUGUCUUGUGUGUGUAUAAAUAUAUACAUAUUAUAUAUUUAUAUAUCAUAAUGACAUGUCUUGGGAAAAUCAUUAAUGUAUAUACUGUACUGGUACGUUGCUUAAGACGAAGCUUCAUCUUCACCGACCGACGAGAGAUAGUGUUUUAUUGUGUAAUAAUUUUGUAUUAGGUAUGAAAAACCCUUGUGACUGAUAUAUGCACUUUCUUGGAAAGCUGGAAGAAACAUUCCAGUUUCACUAAAAUUUAAUACCUACUAACAGCUGAGGUACUGUAAUUCUUACUCAUUUAAUCAAAUACAUGAGUUUUGCAACAGCCAUUCUUGAAGCGUGUGUAUUUUUGCUUUCUCUGAAAACUUUCUUUUGUGGUCCUAUGCACUUUUUCUAAUGCAAUUAACUUAGGUAAGUGUCCAUUUGUAAAAGGUUUUUAAAUCAAGCUGUGCAAUUUUAUGCUGUUUUAAAAAAAAAUCUACUGAUUAUAUUUCUAAAACAUUAUAGAAGAUUGAAAAAACACAAUGCAAAAUGUGAUUAGUUUUUUUAGAGAUUGGAUAAGAACACUCAAAUGUAUUGUUUAACAUAUGUGAAGACUACUGGUAACUGAGACAAGUCAGUCGGGAACGGAUUUCAGCAACAAUAAACGGAAGAAGUAAAAUAUUUCAAUUACAUGUCAAACGAAAUCUUUUGCACAC